AAUCAGAGAGCUUUGCCCCGCGAAUUUAAAGGUCUGUAGCAUCUUACUACCACACAUCAAAUUUUUUAUCCAGACAGACAAGGUAACAGGUCUACCUCAAACUCAACAACCUGCAAAAAUGUCGGCAAACAACGAGAACACGUCUGAACGUCUGAACAAGUUCAAAAACAAGGGAAAGGAUGCAACUGAAAUGAGGCGCAGGAGAAUCGAAACAAAUUUUGAGCUGCGCAAGGCAAAGAAAGACGAUCAGAUUUUCAAAAGAAGAAAUGUCAGCACUUUACCUGACGAGGCCACCUCUCCACUUCAAGAGAAAAGUCAGAAUUGCCAGGCGAGUCAGCAGUGGACAGUCGAACAAAUUGUGGAGGGUCUGAGCAAUAACGACAUGGAAUCUCAGUUGCAAGCCACUCAGGCUGCAAGGAAGUUGCUGUCAAGAGAGAGGCACCCUCCAAUUGACCAGAUCAUCAGCUCUGGUCUGAUUCCCAAAUUUGUGUCCUUUUUGGGCCUGGCUGACAGUCCCCCAAUCCAGUUUGAGGCAGCCUGGGCACUCACCAACAUUGCCUCAGGAACGUCUGAUCAGACCCGUGCUGUGGUAGAAUCUGGAGCCAUACCUGCAUUUGUGAACCUCAUCACAUCUCCUCACCCCCACAUCAGUGAGCAAGCAGUUUGGGCUCUGGGAAAUAUUGCAGGUGAUGGUUCUUCAUACAGAGAUAUGGUCAUCAAGCACGGAGCAGUGGCUCCAUUGCUUAGUCUGUUGGCUGUUCCUGAGCUGAGUGUAUUCUCUUCUGGUUACCUGAGAAACGUGACGUGGACCCUGUCCAACCUGUGCCGUAAUAAGAACCCAGCGCCACCUCUGUCUGCGGUGCAGCAGUUACUGCCCACGAUCGUCCGCCUGCUGCAUCACGAUGACAAGGAGGUGCUGGCAGACACCUGCUGGGCCGUGUCCUACCUGACUGACGGGCCCAAUGAAAGAAUCGAGGUGGUGGUACAGACUGGCCUGGUGCCUCGCCUGGUGCAGCUGCUCGGUUGUGGAGAGCUGUCUGUUGUGACUCCAGCUCUGCGCACUGUUGGAAACAUUGUGACUGGGACAGAUGAGCAGACCCAGGCUGUGCUGAAUGCUGGUAUUCUGGCUUUGUUCCCUGCCCUGUUGCGCCACCCCAAGAACAACAUCCAAAAAGAGGCUGCCUGGACACUGUCCAACAUCACCGCUGGCAAAGACUGCCAGAUUCAGGACGUCAUUGAUUCAGGGCUGGUGCCUUACCUGGUGGAUGUCCUCAGAAAGGGUGACUACAAGACUCAGAAGGAGGCUGUCUGGGCUGUGACUAAUCUGACCAGCGGAGGCACUGUAAACCAAGUUGUGUACCUUGUUCAAGCUGAUGUGCUGGAACCUCUGUUGAACCUGCUUUCCACCAAAGACAGCAAAACGAUCCUGGUUAUCCUUGAUGCCAUUACCAACAUCUUCCUGGCGGGUGAGAAAAUCGGUGAGACAGAGAAACUCUGCCUGAUGAUUGAGGAAUGUGGUGGCCUGGACAAAAUUGAGGCCCUACAGUCUCAUGAAAAUGAGCUGGUCUACAAGGCUGCCCUCAACCUCAUUGAUAAAUAUUUCUCAGGAGAGGAGGAAGAGGAUCAGAGUGUUGCCCCAGAGACUACAACAGACGGUUAUGCAUUCCAGAUCAGUGAAAACCAGAGCGCGUUCAGCUUUUGAGUGGUUGUUUGUCUUUGAUCUCCAUUCUAUCCUGUAACUGUUUGUCCUUUAUUUGUGUGAUUAUGUCUCCAAACCUGUGGGUGGAAGUGUAUAUAAUCUGUUAACUGUAAUGUAUCUGUUCUGUAAAUAAAGUUUGUGAUAUAUUGCUUA